GAUUCAUCCCCCAGUCAAGAAUAUAAAUAACUCGUGAAGGAUAAAAUCAUGUGAGUCCUGGGCAAGAUGUUGAAGACCGCUGUAUUUUUCACCAUCCUGGCCUUCGGAGCCUACGCUUUCCCUAACGGCUCUCCGACCACGUCAUGCGAAACUAUGGUACCACAGCAUUCGGCCGAUCCUCAACCACUCCCCGACUCUCCGUACACUGUAACCGCCACCGCCAUCGACGCAGAUCGCUUCGAAGUGACCAUAGGUUCCACAGUUGGAGCGCCUUUUAGAGGUUUCCUCAUCCAGGCCCGUUCUGCCUUUAACAACACGGCUGUGGGCUCAUUCGAAGCUGCUGAAAACGCGAAGAGUAUUAGAUGCUUCUCAAAUGUCGAUUCUGCCUCGACCAACCUUGAUGGUUCCGACAAAAGUUCCGUGACUGUGAUUUGGAAUGCACCUGAAUCGGGAGAAGAAGUUCAGUUUCUAGCUACCGUUGUUCAAACAUCAACCAUCUUCUGGGUAAGAAUUCCAGCCACUGUUGCAAACUGAUGAUGUUAUAUUCCUUCAGUAUGAAAAUAAAUUUGAGAUACUGAUUAUGAAUAA